UUGCAACUAGUUAUCCUACUUGUUUACAGUAUUUAAAUUUCAUAUACAAGUUAAUGUCUCUAUUGUGAUCAAUUAACUCAUAGUUAGAUAUCAAAAAUCAAUGCAAAUUUUUGUCUGAGUAAAAGUCACAUUAGUAUUUUUCAUGUUUAAUGGAUCCUUCUAUUGGUUGGUAUCAACCAGAACAAUUCGGUCCUGCAAAAGAUUUAUGGUUACAUAUUUGGGAAGCUGAAAAGGGCUUAGAGAUAUUAACUUCGAAGUACGACGUUUCAAGCGUGUCAAGUUUAAUGGGUAAUAAAAUACUACAAGACAAUGCAUUGACCGACAGCUGCAGUCGCACUAGUGAAGAUCGAGUUUUUGCGGUUAAUCGCCUCCAACACAAUAGUUGUAAUAAUUACUACAACCCUUCUCGCAGAAAAAAUGACAAUCGUGCUAGCACUUAUGGUAUGAAUUAUAAUUAUAAUGCUUUAGUUGGUGCAUAUGGUGGUUGUCCAUGGCGCAUACCAAACAAACAUUACUCCAAAGGUGUUAUUGGGUUGCAUGAAGAGAUUGAAGAUUUCUUUGCAUAUAUGUGCCCAUCUACUGAAGAACAUACUUUACGAUUACGCGUGGUUAAAAGAAUAGAACAAAUUAUUAAUGAACUAUGGCCAGAUUCUAAAGUUGAAGUAUUCGGAAGUUUUCGGACUGGCUUGUAUUUACCAACAAGUGAUAUUGAUUUAGUUGUAAUCGGAAUCUGGUCAAAUUUGCCACUUCGGACACUUGAACGUGCGCUACUAGAUCAAAAUAUAGCUGAACCUUCAUCUAUCAAAGUAUUGGAUAAAGCGAGUGUUCCAAUCGUAAAACUUACUGAUAAGGAAACUGAAAUAAAAGUCGAUAUCAGCUUUAACAUGAAUAAUGGCGUUAAAUCAGCCGAAUUGAUCAAGUCUUUCAAGCGCCGAUUCCCAGUUUUGGAAAAAUUAGUCAUGGUACUCAAACAGUUUUUGUUGCAACGUGAUCUUAAUGAAGUUUUUACAGGUGGAAUUUCAUCUUACAGUUUAAUUCUUAUGACCAUCAGUUUUCUGCAGUUACAUCCCAGACAACAUGCACACAGUUUAAAUGCUAACUUAGGAGUAUUAUUAAUUGAAUUUUUGGAAUUGUACGGCAGAAAAUUUAAUUACGUGAAAACUGGAAUCCGAAUUAAAGGAGGUGGAACUUAUACAUCGAAAGAAGAGGUUCAACGGGAGAUGAAAGAUGGACAUCGUCCAUCCUUACUUUGUAUAGAAGAUCCAUUAACGCCUGGCAAUGAUAUUGGUCGCAGCAGUUAUGGUGCUUUAUAUGUAAAAGAUGCCUUUGACUGGGCUUAUUUUGUUCUUUCACAAGCUGUCAGUCCACUUAACAUACUUGUUAAUGAUGCAAAUAAAAUUAGUAUACUGGGAAGAAUAAUAAGGGUAACUGAUGAUGUCAUAGAUUAUCGUAAAUGGAUCAAGGAAACAUUCCCUGUAUCAGCGAAUGAAAUGGACUCUCUUUCCAGUUCUACUGGUUCAGAUGCAUCAACCCUCUCAGCUCCUGCUAGUGAUACGGAUUCUGAAAGUAGUCGUGAAAAUUCGUCAAAUGUUGGGGAGAAGACCAGUAUAAAAAGUAGAACCAGUACUGAUACCUACAAUUCUUACGCACAUACUCAAUGGAGAAAAUUACAUAAACCUACAACUCAUCGGUCUAGAUCUUCUACUCUCAGGAAACGAAAUAUUUCUACAGAAAACACAGGGGUACCAUUAUUUUCACCGUCAUCGUUACCUUGACCAGUACACGAAGAAUGUACAACAAGAGUAUGAAAAAUUCUAUUUUUUCUUUCAUGAUUGAUUCGGAAUAAGUACUAAAUAAUGCUACGUAUAAAGAGUAUACGUUUUUGCUAGAAGCAUUUCAGGUACACAGAUUAACCUUUGUAUAUAACGUGCAGUGCAACACAUCCUGCAAAAAGUAUUAUAAGUACAUUAUUCAAAUAACUUGAUUAUAUCAUACAAACCAAAUUUUUGGCUGUUUAGUGUUUUCUGAUACAUAUGUUUCUACAUAAAUAUAAUUUUAAACAUUG